AUGAUGGAACCUUACGAAUUCUACUGCAGUUACUGGUUAUCAAAGAAUAGAUUUAAGGUCAAAACAAGAGAUCCGAGUCCCAACCUUUCACUUUUCAUUCAGUGGUAUAAUACCGUGUCACUGUGGGUUACAGAAACAAUUCUUCAAUAUAAUGACAUCAAAGAACGUCACAAAGCGCUGUGCAGAUUUAUCAGCUUAGCGUGGGGAUGUUAUUCAGUUCGAAAUUACAAUGGCUGUUUUGAAAUUAUCACAGGUCUAUAUUCCAACGAAGUUUACCGAUUGAGUAAGACGUGGGCUAUGCUCAGUGAAGAAUAUGUAAAGAAGGCACAAACUCUCAUUGAAUUAACAAGUGUGGCUAAUAACUACAGAAACUAUAGAGAAGAACUUAAAAAUUCCAAAAAGCCCUGCAUUCCAAACUUGGCCGUUCAUCUCAAAGAUCUUGCUUCCGUCGAUGACAGCCAAGAAGAUGAAAGAAAAUUAACAGAGGAAGAAAUGCGUCUCUUGGCUGAAAAUGAUCAAUUCUGUAAACGAGUGUUCAUUGGUCGAACUUUGGAUGAAGACAUUGAAUACAACUUUAGCAAGAGACGGGUACAAACUACCUUAAUUUGCCAAUUACUGAAAUAUCAGAAAAUUUCAUACCCUUUCAAACCUAACGAAUCCCUCAAGCAUUACUUGUGGAUUUCUUUACUGAGAAUCAAUGAAGAUAUUCGUAGAGAGACAGCCGAAAAGAAAAUUAGUAUUGAAAAAUACAUUCAAGAAAAGAAGAGGCAAUUCCUUGUGAGGAGCAAACAACUCGAACCAAAAUCGACAAGAUAA